GUCAGUACAACAUUUUUCACACACCACAUUCCCUUUGCGAAGACCAGGAACCACACCGCAUUUUUUCUGUUCCCACUGUUGGUCAGCUUGAAAAAUGUCCGAGAACGGCGCACGUCUGAACAAAUUCAAGAACAAGGGCAAGGAUGCCAAUGAGCUUCGGCGCAGGAGAGUGGAGGUGAAUGUGGAGCUUCGCAAAGCCAAGAAAGACGACCAGAUCUUCAAAAGGAGAAAUGUGUCUGCUCUUCCCGAGGAGGCCACCUCUCCUCUCCAGGAGAAGAGCCAGAAUUGUCAGGCAACCAGGCAGUGGACAGUUGAAGAGAUUGUCACUGGAGUGAACAGCAGUAGCCUUGAGUCCCAGCUCCAGGCUACUCAAGCUGCAAGGAAACUGCUGUCACGUGAAAGACAUCCUCCCAUUGACCAGAUCAUCAGCGCUGGCCUGAUUCCCAAGUUUGUUGCCUUCCUGGGGUUGGCAGACUCCCCUCCGAUCCAGUUUGAGGCUGCCUGGGCACUGACUAACAUUGCCUCAGGGACGUCUGAUCAGACAGUCGCUGUUGUGGAGGGUGGAGCCAUUCCUGCUUUCAUCGGCCUGGUCACGUCCCCCCACCAGCACAUCAGCGAGCAAGCCGUCUGGGCCCUGGGAAACAUAGCUGGUGAUGGAUCAGGCCUUAGAGACAAGGUCAUCAAGCAUGGAGCUGUGCCUCCUCUGCUCAGUCUGCUGGCAGUCCCUGACCUCUCUGUGUUUUCUUCUGGCUACCUGAGAAAUGUCACCUGGACGCUGUCAAACCUCUGCCGCAACAAGAACCCCUCUCCUCCUAUGACAGCAGUGCAACAGAUCCUGCCCUCCCUUAUUCGUCUCCUUCACCAUGACGACAAGGAGGUGCUGGCUGACGCCUGUUGGGCUGUGUCCUACCUGACAGACGGCUCCAACGACCGCAUUGAGGUGGUGGUCCAGACUGGCAUGGUCUCACACCUGGUGCAGCUGCUUGGUUCUGGCGAGCUGUCCAUUGUGACGCCCACACUGCGUGCUAUUGGUAACAUUGUGACCGGUACAGAUGAGCAGACUCAGGCAGUGCUAGACGCUGGGGUCCUGGCCAUGUUCCCCCAGCUGCUGCACCAUCACAAGGCCAACAUCCAGAAGGAAGCGUCCUGGACCCUGUCCAACAUCACCGCUGGCAAGGACAGCCAGAUCCAGGAGGUCAUCAACGCAGGCCUGGUCCCUCAUCUGGUCGAUGUGCUGAGACGAGGUGACUACAAAACUCAGAAGGAGGCUGUAUGGGCCAUUACCAACUUCACCAGUGGAGGCACUGUUGAACAAGUGGUGUACCUUGUUCAAGCCAAUGCGCUAGAGCCUCUUCUCAGUCUGCUUUCCACAAAGGACAGCAAAACUAUUCUUGUCAUCUUGGAUGCUAUUACCAACAUCUUCCUGGCUGGAGAUAAGAUUGGGGAAUCCGAUAAGCUGUGCCUAAUGAUCGAAGAGUGUGGUGGACUUGACAAGAUAGAGGCUCUGCAGUCUCAUGAGAAUGAGAUGGUCUACAAAGCAGCCCUCAACCUGAUUGAGAAAUAUUUCUCUGGAGAGGAGGAGGAAGUCCAGUCUGUGGCCCCAGAAGCAACCGAUGAAGGUUUUGCGUUCCAGAUCAGUGAAAACCAGAGCACUUUCAAUUUCUAGAUACCUCUUCUCUUCUUGACCUGUACUGUACCCUCACUGCUACUGUUUGUCCCUUUUUUCAUGUGAUUGUGGACCUCCUCUUUUGUAUGUAAUGUACAUACUAUUUUAACUGCUUGUUUGUAAAUAAAGUCUUGACAGUU